AUGAGGGUCCCCCUGGGCAGCCUCGGGCAGUGCCUGGCACGCUGCCUCUGCCGCAGCCGCAAGUUCGAUCCUGGCUCCGGCAUCGUCCGAGGGGACGGGACUGCGCACCCCAAGGUGCCCCACAACCUCCCUGCGUGGGCAGGCAGCCCCACAUUUCAGGUGGGACCGCAAGCAGAAGACAGGACCAGGCCUGGCGGGGGGGUUCUCUUCCUCGUCUUCCUCUUCCUCCUCCGCCCCGUCCUCCCUCCGCUCCGCGUGCAUGCUGCAUUCACCCCAUCCUGCACUGCUCCCUCCGUGCCCCCCCUUGCAGAGUAUAACGAUGGGUUGUGCCAUCUGCUAACCCACGCGUGCCCCGCUAUGAAGCCCCAGACCCUGGGAUUAGCUAAGGACGCCUGGGAGAUAGCGCGCGAGUCCAUCAGCCUCGACACGAAACUCGGCAUGGGAUGUUUCGGAGACGUGUGGAAGGGUACGUGGAACGGCACCACCAAGGUGGCGGUGAAGACGCUGAAGCCGGGCACCAUGUCGCCCGAGGCCUUCCUGGAGGAGGCUCAGAUCAUGAAGCGGCUGCGGCACGACAAGCUGGUGCAGCUGUACGCCGUGGUGUCGGAGGAGCCCAUCUACAUCGUCACCGAGUUCAUGAGCCAGGGUGAGCGGGGGGCAUGGCCCGGGGGUGGCCGAUACCUGAAGCUGCCCCAGCUGGUGGACAUGGCUGCCCAGAUCGCCGCGGGCAUGGCCUACAUCGAGAGGAUGAACUACAUCCACCGGGACCUCCGCGCCGCCAACAUCCUCGUGGGCGACAACCUGGUCUGCAAGAUCGCCGACUUCGGCCUCGCUCGCCUCAUCGAGGACAACGAGUACACGGCGCGCCAGGGCGCUAAGUUCCCCAUCAAGUGGACGGCGCCGGAGGCCGCGCUCUACGGGAAGUUCACCAUCAAGUCGGACGUCUGGUCCUUCGGCAUCCUCCUGACGGAGCUGGUGACCAAAGGCCGGGUGCCCUACCCAGGUACGGCCCCCGGCCGGGGCAGCGGGCACCCCGGGGGUUGCGAGCAGGGCAGGCUUUGACCCUUCCCAGUGCAGCAUCGCUGGGCAAGG